GAAAGAGUUAUCAAAUUUUCACAAACUAUUCUCCACUUGCUCCCAUUCACCCUUUCUCUCUCUAGAAAAAAGAACCCUUAGCGUAAACUCUGCAACCGAAGAACCCCAAAAGCUUUCAAUUCAAUGGCUAACAGCAAUCUUCCUCGAAGAAUUAUCAAGGAAACUCAACGUCUUCUCAGUGAACCUGCUCCUGGGAUAAGUGCGUCGCCAUCGGAAGACAAUAUGCGAUACUUUAAUGUCAUGAUUCUUGGUCCAACACAAUCUCCUUAUGAAGGAGGUGUCUUCAAGCUCGAACUAUUUUUGCCUGAAGAGUACCCAAUGGCUGCUCCUAAGGUUCGAUUCCUCACCAAAAUCUACCAUCCGAACAUUGAUAAGCUUGGAAGGAUAUGCCUUGAUAUUCUUAAAGACAAAUGGAGUCCUGCUCUUCAGAUCCGUACUGUACUUUUGAGCAUCCAAGCACUUUUGAGUGCUCCAAAUCCGGAUGAUCCACUCUCUGAAAACAUUGCAAAGCACUGGAAGUCAAAUGAGGUUGAAGCUGUUGAAACGGCUAAGGAGUGGACACGCCUAUAUGCUAGUGGUGCAUGAAGAGAUAGCAACGAAAUAUUCAAAAUAACAAAAAUCAUGGAAUGUAAUCUAUUGACUGGCUUAUCAAUAUGACACCCGGAUAGCUGUUAAUGGCUGAACCCUUCCAAUCAUCUCCCCCACAAUUGCUUCCCUUCUCUUCCCUUCCCUUAAAAUUGUAUAAUUGAACGUGACACCCUUUCGUUUUCUAAUGUUCAGGAAUGAACUUAUUACAACAAAACUGGAUAUGGUAAGGAUUUUGUCACUGCAAGAGUAGUUAAUGAUUCAGAUCUGUGGGUUGGAAUUGGAAAAUAGUGUUGCUGCAGUAUCAAUCUCCAUAGAUUUGUUUCAAGAUGAAUUUCCAAAGGGAGAUCUAUAUUUUGAUCCCUUUUUCCCUUU